GUAUCGCUCAUUUUUGGAUUCGGCGUUCGCUGACGUUUGCUGGCGUUCGCCGCACAUCUCGAUUGCUCGAUUCGGCACUUGCCGGCAUUGAGGUAGAGUGGCCGAGAACGGCCGAGCGCAGUUCCAGAAGUAGCGUGUGUUUUCACGACAGGGUGAGUGACUAGGAUUUAUGCUUUGAUAAGAUGUUGCAUAAGUUAUUCAAGGUGACGCGAGUGCAGCGAGGGCAAAUUCUUACCGGUCCAAUUUGCGAUCCUAGUAGCGGCGUAAGUCUCUUUCUCCAUGCCUAUGUUAUUGACAUUUAAUGUAAAAAACGACCGGUUGAUAAAUUGUGGUUACCGGUGCAUCCUACCGAAAAACUGGGUCGUCACUUCGACCGCAACUUUUCUGAGAGCGGAGAGUCGAUGUAUACUGUGACAAGUGCUGGAAGAGAUAAAUAAAGCGACACAUGAGAGAAAGAUCUGUGCUGGAGACAUCUCUUAAUUGGACAUAAUGACGAAUGAAAGAUUGGACAUAGACAAACCCCUGUGGGAUCAAAACACCUUCGUGGGAAGAUGGAAAUACUUUGCGUGGAUGACCGACUUCCGCACCUGCGUCAAAUCAGAAUCAGAGCUGAUAGCUGCUAAAACGUUGUGUGAGCAAUACAGAAUUGGCAAAGAGCCAACCAAUACUACCACGGAGCAAAUUAUCUAUGCGAAGAAAUUGUACGAGUCUGCCUUUCAUCCGGAUACCGGCGAGCUGCAGAAUGUCUUCGGUAGAAUGUCCUUCCAGGUGCCAGGUGGAAUGGCCAUCACCGGCGCUAUGCUUCAGUUCUAUAGGACGACUCAAGCAGUAGUUUUUUGGCAAUGGGUCAACCAGUCCUUUAACGCGCUCGUCAAUUAUACCAACAGGAAUGCUAACAGUCCUGUAACGACUACUCAACUAGGUGUAGCUUAUGUUAGUGCGACCGUUGCAGCGAUGAUAACUGCGAUAGGAUGUAAAUCAUAUUGGGAGAAGCGCGCUAGUCCUCUAAUGGCUAGGUACGUUCCGUUUGCUGCAGUGGCAGCCGCUAAUUGCGCUAAUAUUCCUCUAAUGAGACAGAACGAAAUUAUAAACGGCGUGGAUCUCAUUGACGAGAACGGUAGAAAACUUACAAAAUCGAAGCUCGCAGCUGUGAAAGGCAUUAGUCAAGUUGUCAUUUCGAGAAUCGUCAUGUGCGCACCAGGCAUGCUUAUCUUACCGCCCAUAAUGGAAAAAUUGGAAAAAUAUGCGUGGAUGCAAAGAAUUAAACUACUGCAUGCACCCAUACAAAUUAUGAUGUGCGGAAUUUCGUUGACGUUUAUGGUGCCGACGGCGUGUGCGCUAUUCUCACAAAAUUGCUCCAUUAAGGCAACUACCUUACAACGCUGGGAGCCGAAAAACUAUGAACUACUAAUGAAGAACUGUGAAGGCAGUAAACUACCUACGUAUUUAUAUUUCAACAAAGGAUUAUAAUGUUAUGAAAGGUUCUAGUUUUAUGAAACUGAUAUAAAAUAAGUGUUAUUCCAUCCUUUAUAAAUAUCGUUGUUUUAAAUGGCACAAUGAGGUAAACUCUUCUGCUGGAUCAGAGAUGAAUUCGAAACUGUAAUAUAAUAUAUAACUCAUUUAAUUAUAGUCAAUUAUUAUAGCAGGAAUAUUUUAUAUUUGCUAUUGAACAUUUACGCACAGUUCUUUCUUAUGAUUUUAAAGUAUUAAAUUUUGAUCGUCGCACCGAUAUUAAUAAUUAGUAUUUAGUGAAAUUUAAAUUAGGAUUUAGUCACAAAACGUAAUAUAUCUACGAUAAAAUAAAAUUCCAUCAACGCACUGAAGUAUUAUAAUGAGAGAGAAGUUGAUAGCCCGCGCGAUGCAAUAGAAACAUUAGUAAAGAUGUAAUAGUAAAAGCUAUGGUGCACAAAAAAAACCUAAGCAGCAAAAUAUAAGCAGUGAACAAUAUUUUAAAUUUGCUACUGCUUCUAUUAUUGCCUUAUAUUUUCUACUGUGAUUAGUCGAUUUGCUUUUUUUAUGUGCCAUGGCCUUUAAGAAUAAAAUAAUCGACAAUAUAAAUUGGUGCUUUAUCGACGUAUAUAAUUAUAAAUUGUAGCAAUAAUUUUAUUUCAAUAAGCGCUUAAUUGUUCCUCUCAGGCGUCUUAAUGUUAUUUAUAAGUUUCGUACGUUUUAAAUAUAACGUUACUUAUGCACUAAAAUAUUAAUGUUAUUAAUGUUAUUAAAUUUUUCGAGAAGCCUGUCGAAAGUAAAAAUGCUGCCAUAUAUAGUGAUAUGAUAAAAAAAACUUUACUACAUUAUUUACUAUAUUAUUGAAAAACAUAGUAAUAUGAUGACAGUGUUGUGUCAAUAAAUGUUAUGUUAUUCGAUAA